AUGGAUGAACAGCCACCGAAUGAGGAGCAAAGAAAAGAACUAGUGGUCUCCAUCCAUGAUAUUAUGUGCUGCCAGUGGACGUAUAUUGCGAUCUUCGAAGAGAAUUUCGUAGUUGAACACUUGAGAAUAGUUCACAAAGUAGCAUUGGACUGCUUUUGUGAAGAACUUCUCAUUUGUUCUUUUAAUGUAUUCGGUGAUGGUCUCAAGCUUGAGAUGUCUAUGAAGAAAUUCGUUGAGGAUGAGAAAGUCAGCAUCUGUGCCAUUGGACCACGAGGUUUACCUGGUUCGCCUGGGGGUAUAGGAGAAUCUGGAUUACCAGGCAGAGAAGGACCUCCUGGGCCAAAAGGAGAUAAAGGUGAUCCUGGAAUACAUGGAGUUCCUGGAGCACCUGGAGCUCCUGGUUUCCCUGGACGACCUGGUGUAAAGGGAGAGCCAGGUCCCAAGGGAACGCCAGGAUAUCCGUUACCUGGUGUAGAUGGACUAGACGGAAGUCCUGGAUUAGAUGGACUACCUGGAGCAAAGGGUGACAGAGGUCCCAAAGGAGACAGAGGAGUGCCUGGAGAUACGAGAGAUGGUAUUCCUGGAAUUCCAGGACCGCCUGGACCUCCUGGAGAUAAAGGAUAUCCUGGAUUACCGGGACGAGCAGGAUUAGUUGGGCCUAGGGGAUCAAAAGGUGAUUCCAGUGGAAGUUGUGCACAGUGUUUACCGGGCACUAAAGGUGAAAAAGGUGAAAGAGGAUAUGACGGUGCUCCUGGGCAACAAGGAGAACGCGGACCUCCUGGAGUUUCUGGACGUCCCGGAGAUAAAGGAGAUGAUGGAUUGCCAGGAUUUAUUGGUUCUCCAGGAAAAGAAGGGAAGCCCGGAACUCCAGGAAGUCCAGGCGAAAAAGGUGACAAAGGACAACCAGCUUAUGUUCGCGAAGAUUUAGUGAUUGGAUCACCAGGCGACAAAGGUGAGAGAGGACCUCCCGGUUUACCCGGGCUGCCAGGGCAAGAUGGACCUAAAGGUGAAGAUGGGUAUCCGGGACCAUAUGGAUUACCCGGACCGAAAGGAGUAAAAGGUGAAUUAGGCCCUUCAGGUAUACCAGGGCCACCUGGUCCUAUGGGUCCACCAGGUUUAAGAGGCUUGAAAGGGGACAAGGGUUAUGGCUUUCCUGGAAGUCCUGGAGAAAGAGGUGAGGAAGGCAUUCCUGGUCAACCUGGAAGACAAGGCCCUCAAGGUCAAAAAGGAGAACCAG